AUGCUCCUGGCCUGUGACGACGUGCAUUUCCAAGCUAAGAGAACGACGCUCGAGCUGCACAUGCCGACUUCCCACUGGGCGUGGAAGGGCUCGGCGCCCAGAGCCCGAAGCAGCUCGGGGGACAGCCCGAGGCCCGGGCGUGUGCUGACGCAGGACGCCCCGGGCGCCUCUGCCCAUCGCCGGCCGCAGCGAGACCCCGGCUCCCGGCUGCAGGCAGACCGCCUGCCCCGCUCGGUAGAGGCGCGGAGGCCCGGAACCGCGGGCCAGCCGGGGGCAGCGCGCCCCCUAGGGGAGGGCGACGCGAGUGCAGGCGCCUCGUGGCCGGGCCCCGCCGGCGCCCGGAGCAGCCCCGCCAGGAGGCGUCCCCCGCGCCCCCGGGUGGACGGCGGGCCCGGCCGCGCGCGCGCCCUGGGCAUUGAUCGGACUCCGGGCCGCGCGCGGCCCCGGCUCAGCAGCCUCCGCCCCUCCCCGCUCCGGCGACGCAGGACGCGGCCUCCUCGCGUCCUCGUCGUUCAGGCCGCAGCCAGCCCCGCGCGCGGCCCGCGGGGCUGGGGGACUGGGGCCGCCUGGGCCUCUGAUCUGCCGCCGCUGCUCCGGGUGGGACAGCGGGGUCGCGCCGGCCGCUCCCCGCACACCCCCGCGCUCUUCACUCAGGGGGCGCCGCGGGGGCUGACGGAGGAGUCCGGCGGGCGAGCUCCCCGGCAGUUCCACCCGGGUCCCCGGGCCGGAGGCGCGACCCGGGCACCGAGCGCAAACCACGGGCGGGGACGCGGAGGCGCAAGCCUCGGGGAGAAGGGGACCCCGCGAGGACCCCGCAGGCAAACGAACCCCAAAGAAAUCGGCCCCAGGUCCACCCAGGCGGCUGAGAGCGCGGCGGCGGCGGACAAGGGAAGCGGCUCGAAAGACAUUGGAAAUAUGGGUCCUGAGGGCACCGGCUUCGAGCCCAGGGAGCCGCGACCGCGCCGGCCGGCCGGCGGCCUGGGAGGCAGCCCCGACUUGGCGGCUGCGCGGGAAACACUGGGUCCCGUCUCGGCGAGGUCGACCCCCAUGUGUGUCAACGUGAAGGCGCGGCGCGCGGGCGCCCGCUGGCCCCGAGGGGUGCUGGGCCCUGCCCAGGGGCCACGGGCCUCGCCGCGCCUGCGCCCCGUUCCCGCCCGCGCGCCGCGCCUGGCCCGCCAGCCUGGACCCUGGGCUCUAGCCCCGCGGCGUUGGCGAGCCAGCGGCCGGGGUAGGUCCAGAAAAGACCCGCCGUAUGGGGGGCGGACCCUGCUUCCUCCCCAGCGCCGCCUGGACCCACCGACCUGCUACUGGGCAACUCGCGUUCGGGUCUCUGGGUCUCGCCGUGUGGCCCCCGAGGUCCCGAGCACGGGUACCCGAGGGGCCCGGGCCGAGCGAGCGCGGCCGGCAGCCGGCAGAAGCAGUCGCCGCCGGGCGCGCCUCUCUCUGCGUCAGGAGCCGCCCCCGCCCCCCUGCAGGGAAGGCGCCACGCGAGUUCCCUUAGUCAGCGGCCGCCACGCCACCGAGCCGCCGCGGCCGCGGUGCCGCCAGAGCGCCUUCAGUUCCCGGGGUUCCGGGAGCACGCGCAUCCCGGACGUGCUUUGGGGCUUCGCCCCUGGCCCUCGCCCCGCCCCGGCUCGCGGAGCCCUCGCGCAGUCCUCGCCCGGCCCUCCCGGCCGCGUGUCGCGAGGACCCGGAUGGCUCCUGUCCCCCUCCCACCCGCUCUUCUGCUCCUUGUCUUCGUCGGUGGACGCGCAGCCAAGGGAUUGCGCAAGCUUCCUGCUCCGGGCCUCCAAGAGCCUGACACACCCAGGGCCGGCGCGCCCCUGCCCCUCCUGCCCACCCUCGGACCCCGCGGUGCUCGCGGCCCGCGGCGGCGCCCUCCGGAGGCCGCGCGGGACGCCGCAGCUUCGCCGCUGGAGCACUCCGUCCGGCCGCCGCCCGGAGGUGCUAAACCUCACACUCGGUGGCCUCUCCGGGAGGCCGGGCCGGGACCUAGGGACGCGAACUCACGACCAAGGCGUGGCUACUCGCCUUUCCAUUCACCCCCUUCUGCGCGCGCCCCGCUCUCCCGGGUCCGGCCUCACUCCUCCCGGCUGCCGCCUUCGAGGUCCUUGCCCGCACCCCACGAAGUCCCACCCCUCCCGCCCCCGUCCCGCCCGCGAGCCGACCCCGACCGCCCCUGCGCCCUCUCGGAUCUCCUCGCCUCUCCUCCGCCUUGUGCGGGGGCUGCGGGACCCGGACAUGCCCCGCUUCGCCAGCGAGAGGGUCCCACGUAACCGCAAUCGGGACCGAGAGCGGACUCGUCCUCUGAGCCCGGUUCUCUGA